GGACGGCUCUUGCCGGCGCCAGUCCUCGGGCCGGGCCGGAUGACCAGGCUCCUGUAACCACCCGCAGCCCUCUCCCGGCCCGGCUCACUGCCGCCCGCGCGCGUCGCCCCGGGACCCGGCACAGGUUGAAGAAAUAUGGAUACCAACACCAUACUGGUCCUCAGCACUUGUUUUGCCAGCUUUUUCACCUUUCAGAUUAUUUUCCACAUUGUAAGUUAUUGGUUUUCAGCAAAGAUUUCUCCAGGUUUUAAUAAUCUCAACUUCAAAAAGAAGAUUGAAUGGAACUCAAGGGUGGUAUCUACGUGUCAUUCUUUGGUGGUUGGGGUUGUUGGCUUGUACAUUUUCUUGUUUGACGAGGCUGGUAUUGCUGAUCCACUUUGGGGUGAUACAUCUCUUGGGAAAGUGAAUAUUGCUAUUGCUUCAGGCUAUCUCAUUUCUGAUUUGUUGAUUCUCAUUUGGUAUUGGAAAGUGAUUGGUGAUAAGUAUUUUGUAAUUCACCAUUGUACAGCGCUGUAUGCAUACCACUUUGUACUGAAGGAUGGUGUGCUGGUGUACAUUGGGAAUUUCCGCCUGCUUGCAGAACUUUCCAGCCCUUUUGUGAAUCAGCGGUGGUUCUUUGAGGCUCUGAAGUAUCCUAAGUUUUCCAAGGCUAAUGUCAUCAAUGGAAUACUUAUGAUGGUGGUAUUCUUCGUAGUGAGGAUUGCCUCGAUACCUCCUUUCUACAGCUACAUGUACUCUGUGUUUGGGACGGAAGCCUACAUAAGGCUUGGAUUUUUAAUUCAGUUUUCCUGGAUUGCUACUUGUGUGGUUUUGGAUGUGAUGAAUGUCAUGUGGAUGAUCAAAAUUUCAAAGGGGUGCAUCAAAAUCAUCUCUCUCUUAAGACAAGAAAAAGCCAGAAAGAGUCUUCAGAAUGGAAAACUUGACUAAAAGUGGGCUAUCGAUAAGCAUACUUCAUUACUACCCACAUUGUAUCUUCUGACAGGAUAAAUUCUUGGCAUGUUCUUGUGCUUCUUUAUUAAUUAUACUUGGUAUUCAU